GCAGUUACAACAAAACAAGAGAAAAGCGUAGUACACUUUAUAUCAGGCCAUUAAGGGCCCCCCUCCUCACUUGGGCCCUAGGUAGUAAGUCUCACUCCCCUCCAACUACGACGCCCCCUUUGCCGGAAGUGUUCAUCAUCAUUCACUGUAUUUUGAAAGCCUUAAAACCGGAAGCUCAUAUAUGGGUGUGUGCUCUGUAGACUUGACAACCGGUCUCCAGUUGGAGAGUAACGGUAGCCUCUCCUCUGAUCCCUUAUUGUCUCGGUUUGUUGACGUUUGCUGGAGUACAGCGGUAGUUAGUUACGGGGGUCUGCCUGUUCUUUCAGACGGGUCGUGUGGGAUAAAGCUAGCCCGCUUGCUAGCUUAGAUGGAUUUUCGCAUCAAAAGAUGAUCGCUUCACUUUCAAGAGGAAGUUUGCUGGAUGAGGUUCUUCAUGGGGGCUUUAAUGAGCAGCAGCUAGCUGCAUAUGUUUCCUGGGUGAAUGCUCAGCUGAAGAGGAAACCAGGCCUGAAGCCCAUCACAGACCUCAGGCGGGACCUGCAGGAUGGAGUUGUGCUCACACAACUAAUAGAGCUAGUCGCUGGGGAAGUGCUGGAGGGAGUUUACAUCACUCCACAGAACAAAGAAGAAAGCAGGAAGAAUGUUGAGCAAGUCUUGCAGUUCAUUUCCUCCAGACACAUACGCAUGCCACACAUAACUGCAAGAGACAUUGUUGAUGGUAACCUGAAAUGUGCAAUGAGAAUCAUCCUGGCGUUGGCUGCCCACUUCAAACCCUCUGCCAAUCACAAGGCUGCCUCUGGAAGUGGGAGGAGUUUAACAAGAGGCUCUUCCAACCACAAUCCUCUCUCCCCCAUCGCAUUAGCGCAGGGUGCUGCGGCUGCUCUGGUGACAGCACGACAUGAUGCCUCACAGUCUGCACGUGCAACACUUAUCCAUAGUGGCUGGGGGUUGGAUUCGGAAAAGUCUGUGUGUGUGCGUGCCCUGGUUCAGCAGUAUGAGCGAGGAGCUCCAGAUGAGCAGGACAAUCCUCAGCCUGACAGCCUCAGCUCCAUCAGUCCUCUGCCAUCUCCGAGAGCUCCACCCAGCAGCCACUCAGACAGACAGCUUGAUGACCCCCAACAACAGGAGCCCAGUGCUGAGUCAUGUAGUGGUGUAGAGGACACAGCGUGGGAUGAUUCCGUCAGUGAAAAUCUGGAGAAGGAGGUGCAGGAGACACGUAUAAUGGUGUCAGCUCUACAGGCCCUGCUGCUGCAUGGUUCGCUGCCUGAGGAUGAACAGGACGUGUCAUUGAGUUUGGACCAAGGAAAUGCUGAGCAGCAACUGGUAGUCAUUCGCAGUCGUUUGGAUCAGAGUAUGGAGGAGGCUCAGGAGCUGAAGAGGGAACUGUUGCGCUGUAGGCAGGAGAUGAGAAACCUGCAGGGAGUUAAGGACGCUCAGCAGCAGAGGCUGUGCUCACAGGAGGCAUCCAUACUGCAAAUGAAGCAGGAGCUGCUCCGGGGCAGCAUGACGAAGGAUGAACUCAACAACCAGAAUGCAGAGCUACAGUGGAAGCUAGAGGAAUGCAACAGACUCUGGGGUGAAUGCAAGAAGGAAGUCGGACAGAAGGACAGACACCUGCUACAGCUGAAACACAAGCUUGAUGAAAGCCAGAAAAAGCAGGGUGAAUUGCAGAGUGAGUUGGAGCAUAAAAACAGCUUGCUGCAGAUCCCUACAGGCACAGAAAAUAAUGGAUAUUCUUACUCUGGAAAUCCUGCUCCUUCUGUGUCAGACCAGGCAGAAGAGGUUCAGCUGCUGCGAGAUUCACUCAGGAGUUUGAGGAACAACUUCAGAGACCACGACCCGCAGCACCAUACACUGGAUACCCUGGAGCAGGGCAUAGUAUCACUCAUCGACAGACUGCAAGUUCUGCACACGCACAGGGGAAGAGGGAAAUCUCCUAGACGCAGAAGUCAACAUACAGACUCUGACUCCUGGCCUGGCACGAAGGUCUGUAACUCCAACAGUGGCUCCUCUGGCUCCACAAAAAUCCUUUAUUUUACUGGAAAAUCCUCAACACCCUCCAUGAUCAAUGUACCCAAGAGGUUGGGUGAGGUAACUCUCAAGGAUGUGAAGGCUGCUGUGGAUCGAGAAGGAAACUACAGAUACCACUUCAAGGCCCUGGACCCUGAGUUUGGCACAGUGAAAGAAGAGGUAUUUCAGGAUGCAGCAAUCAUUCCAGGCUGGGAAGGAAAAAUCGUGGCCUGGGUAGAAGAGGACAAUGGUGAAGAAAGACCAUUGUAGGUUCCAGAUGAAGGGCUGCUACUCUGUGGGUUUGAACCCAGAGGAACCUCAACACAGCUGCUUAGAGCACAAGACAGACACUUUCUUGGAUUUUGGUUAUUAGAGGAAUGCUCAAUGACUUGUCAGCAGUAGUCAGUAGUUUGGAGUGAUCAUCUGGUACUAAACCAGACUGAUUUCCAUGCACACUCUGGGAGCAGUGCGACUCUGUGACUGAUGUCCAGAGUAUCGUAAAGCUCAGUGCCUUAAAAAGGAAAUCUGUCUCCAUCAGUUGAUUAGUAUUUCUAGCAUGAAACUGUACUGUGGAUCAAAGUAGUAGACACAUAUGAGUUAUCCCACUGUUAUGCCACAGUAGUGUUGUUGUUUCACCUGUAGUUGAAUUUAUAGGUUUGCACUUAAAAAAAAAGUAUCAUAAGUUUUCAGUAUCACUCUUCAAACCUUGCGCAGAAGUGUGGUCUUGAAAAAAGAUAUGUGAAAAUGUGCUAUUUAACUUGAUCUUUAGGCCAAGUGAAUGACUUGAUUUGAUUGUAGAGUCAAGUUACAAUAUUUUCCACCAUAUCAAGAAAUAUUGCAAAGCUUUUAAAAGGAAAAAAAAACAUGUACAAGAAGAAAGUCAGACAAGCUUUGUACAACAUUCAGUUUAUCUUCAUUCUGACCCACUGCUGACAAAAACACCCCCUCACAUCACUGUUAUUAGAUAUCAGUUAUAAGAGGAUGCUUUUCACAUAAACCAUUUGUACAAUGAAGGCCUCAUACCCAGAUGUAGAUUUUAAAGAAAGUUUGUAAAUCACAAACAUGUAUUUUAACUAAGCAUGUUCACACUGAACUGCUGUCUGUGAAUUGAGAUGAUGCUGGAACUUGUUCAUUUACACAUAUAUGCAGAUGAACAGCACUGUUAGGUUGUUUACUUUAAGGAUUUUUUCCAUACAGUUUUGUGAAGUAUUUUUACAGUUACCUUACCUUACGUUUUUUAGGUUCACCUUUUUAAUCUUUCAAGAGAUUUGCAUAAGGCGAGAAAAUCUCUGCUACUGUUAAAAAAGAGCUGUAGAUGAUAAUUUGACCUCAGAGAUUGAAGGAGACGUUUGUCCUGGAACAAUGGACAUUCCCACUAUUUAUGGUUUGUGUGUGUGUGUGUGUGUGUGUGUGUGUGUGUGUGUGUGUGUGUGUGUGUGUUUAUGUAUGAGAGAUCAGGUAUAAAUGCCAUAAGAACAGCUGCCUUCUUGAUUGUAGUUUUAGAACAUGUUUAGAACCCCCACACACAGAGAAGUCUGUUCAGAAGAAACAGACAGCUUAGAACAUUGUCUUUAUUUUGCCUUUUCCUUCCUGUUCUAGGAUUUAUUUGUUUGCUUUCACUAACAAGCCAAGAGAAAUAUGCAUUAGUUUACUUAACCAAGAUCUAUUUGAAUGCCAUAACUGCCUGUACUGUAAAGUGUGCUGUUUGCUUUUGAGAGGGUUGUUUAAGGUUUUUUUUCUGAAACUUUCACAAAAAUUAACUUGUCUGCUUGAGAAAACAAGAAUGGCUUUUGUUGAGUUGUAGAAAAACAGAUUUUACAAUAAAAGGUUUUCUUUUGUUUUUUAA